GCAUGCUCCACAACAGAGGUACACUAGAUGGCAGCAACGAAGGAAUAACCAGCAUAGAGUUUGACCAAACAGGCACCAGGGUUAUAGCAGCGUCAUAUGAUAAAUCAGCUCUGUUCUGGCGGCUGGAUGACUCCGCUCCCAAGCUCACUCUGACAGGCCACUCACGUAAAGUGACAGCAGCCAAGUUUAAAUGCAGCCUGCGCCAGGUGGUGACAGGAAGCGCUGACAGGACCGUCAAGAUCUGGGAUCUCCACCGCGCUGCUUGUAUCCAGACCAUUGAGGUUCUAUCUUACUGCAGUGAUGUGGUGUGUUCUGAGCACGUCAUCGUCAGUGGACACUAUGACAGGAAGAUACGCUUCUGGGACAGCAGGGCUGCCAGCUGUACCCAGGAGGUUCCUCUCCAGGGGAAGGUAACAUCUCUGGACAUCUCUACUGACCACCGUCAGCUCCUCAGCUGCUCCAGAGACGAGAGUCUGCAGGUGGUCGACCUUCGCAUGAACAGCUCCAGGAUAUGCUUCAGAGCUGAGGGCUUCAAAUGUGGCUGUGACAGCACCAAGGCUAUAUUCAGUCCUGAUGGGAGCUACCUGGCAGCAGGAUCAGCAGAUGGAGCCGUUUACAUCUGGAACGUCAACUCUGGCAACCUGGAGACACGACUACCGGACAUGCACAGUUCGUCCAUCAACGCAGUGGCCUGGUCUGGGUCUGGCGAGUACGUGGUCAGUGUGGACAAGAGCCGGCGUGCCGUUCUCUGGAGCGGCAUUUAAACAGUCUGGUCGACUGGCCAGCCUCAGACCCAUUUAAACAGUCUGGUCGAUUGGCCAGCCUCAGACCCAUUUAAGCAGUCUGGUCAACUGGCCAGCCUCAGACCCAUUUAAACAGUCUGGUCGACUGGCCAGCCUCAGACCCAUUUAAACAGUCUGGUCGACUGGCCAGCCUCAGACCCAUUUAAACAGUCUGGUCGACUGGCCAGCCUCAGACCCAUUUAAACAGUCUGGUCAACUGGCCAGCCUCAGACCCAUUUAAACAGUCUGGUCGAUUGGCCAGCCUCAGACCCAUUUAAACAGUCUGGUCGACUGGCCAGCCUCAGACCCAUUUAAACAGUCUGGUCGACUGGCCAGCCUCAGACCCAUUUAAACAGUCUGGUCGACUGGCCAGCCUCAGACCCAUUUAAACAUCAGUUUGGGGUUAGGUUUAGAAGGGCAUCUGAUCAUUGUCUGAGAGAACACAUUGGAUGUUUUAGAUGGCUGAGAGAACACGGAACACAUAGGAUGUUUUAGAUGGCUGAGAGAACACGGAACACAUUGGAUGUUUUAGAUGGCUGAGAGAACACGGAACUCAUUGGAUGUUUAACAUGGCUGAGAGAACACGGAACACGUUGGAUGUUUUAGAUGGCUGAGAGAACACGGAACUCAUUGGAUGUUUUAGAUGGCUGAGAGAACACGGAACACGUUGGAUGUUUAACAUGGCUGAGAGAACACGGAACACAUUGGAUGUUUAACAUGGCUGAGAGAACACGGAACACAUAGGAUGUUUAACAUGGCUGAGAGAACACGGAACACGUUGGAUGUUUAACAUGGCUGAGAGAACACGGAACACGUUGGAUGUUUAACAUGGCUGAGAGAACACGGAACACGUUGGAUGUUUAACAUGGCUGAGAGAACAUGGAACACAUUGGAUGUUUAACAUGGCUGAGAGAACACGGAACACAUAGGAUGUUUAACAUGGCUGAGAGAACACGGAACACAUUGGACGUUUAACAUGGCUGAGAGAACACAGAACACAUUGGAUGUUUAACAUGGCUGAGAGAACACGGAACACAUAGGAUGUUUUAGAUGGCUGAGAGAACACGGAACACAUAGGAUGUUUAACAUGGCUGAGAGAACACGGAACACGUUGGAUGUUUUUAGAUGGCUGAGAGAACACAGAACACGUUGGAUGUUUAACAUGGCUGAGAGAACACGGAACACAUAGGAUGUUUAACAUGGCUGAGAGAACACGGAACACGUUGGAUGUUUAACAUGGCUGAGAGAACACGGAACACAUAGGAUGUUUAACAUGGCUGAGAGAACACGGAACACGUUGGAUGUUUCAGAUGGCUGAGAGAACACGGAACACGUUGGAUGUUUAACAUGGCUGAGAGAACACGGAACACGUUGGAUGUUUAACAUGGCUGAGAGAACACGGAACACAUAGGAUGUUUAACAUGGCUGAGAGAACACGGAACACAUUGGAUGUUUAACAUGGCUGAGAGAACACGGAACACGUUGGAUGUUUAACAUGGCUGAGAGAACACGGAACACGUUGGAUGUUUAACAUGGCUGAGAGAACACGGAACACAUUGGACGUUUAACAUGGCUGAGAGAACACGGAACACAUAGGAUGUUUGUGUCACUCCUGCUACCAGUCUGACAGAACGUAACGGGGGUGGUAUUCCAACGGUUGCCUGGCUACCGAUCAAACAUCACUCAGGUUAAACGCCACGCCCACUAACGUUUUCUUCUCCACCAUGAGUCUGGAUUAGUUUACUCCCCCGAAGACUUCCUGAAAGCGAACACAUUCACACCGUUCUGAUUGGUCCCAGAAGCCGAUGGGUUGGACCAGAACUGUCCUACACGAUUCAUGAAUGACGUAGUUUUGACGGCAGCACAAACGACUUCCAGGACGGCAGGUUCAGACGGAUGUAUGGCGCUAGCGAUAGAGCAGCGAAAUGAAAGGAUGAGUCGACAGAUCUGACACGGUCUGCUGUUUUUCUUCGGUUUAUAACUUUGCUAAAGGGACCUGGCAGAAAAUCAUAAAUACAAUAUCUUUGUCUUUCAUUUUGUUCUCUCCAUGAUUGUAUAGGAUCAUAACAGUGCCAACAUAACUCCAUAGUGUUGCUUUGCCUUUUGCCUUUUUGUAAACAAGCAUUUGUUCUGUCAAAACAACUUUUUUACUUAGUAGUUGAAAAAUGUAUGUGGUGUCUAGCCAUUCGUACAGGGGAAGGAAAAGCAUGGGUUAUGCUUGAUGAGAAACGAAUACACUAGUUAUUCAGGGAUAAGGAUUCAUUUCCUCUGCUUCAAACAAUUGGAGGUAAAGCUUCAUGCUCUUGGCUGGCUUACAGAAAACACUACCAUAUCAGACAGUGUUAGAGUCACUACUGGUCUGCUGGUCUAAUAGCUGAUACAUUAUGGAAAAACUAUAAUGACAACUGUGAUAAUAUGAUGAAAGGUUUUAAUCUAAGCUGCAUGACACAUGGACAGGGCUGAAGGGAACAGAGUUAUCUUGAGGGUUCUAAAGGGAACGGAGUUAUCUGGAGGGUUCUGAAGGGAACGGGGUUAUCUGGAGGGUUCUAAAGGGAACAGGGUUAUCUGGAGGGUUCUAAAGGGUUAUCUUGAGGGUUCUAAAUGGAACGGGGUUAUCUUGAGGUUUCUAAAGGGAACAGGGUUAUCUUGAGGGUUCUAAAGGGAACCGGGUUAUCUUGAGGGUUCUAAAGGGAAGAGGGUUAUCUUGAGGGUUCCAAAGGGUUAUCUUGAGGUUUCUGAAGGGAACGGGGUUACCUGGAGGGUUCUGAAGGGAACGGGGUUAUCUGGAGGGUUCUAAAGGGAAUGGGGUUAUCUGGAGGGUUCUAAAGGGAACGGGGUUAUCGUGAGGGUUCUAAAUGGAACGGGGUUAUCUUGAGGUUUCUGAAGGGAACGGGGUUACCUGGAGGGUUCUGAAGGGAACGGGGUUAUCUGGAGGGUUCUAAAGGGAAUGGGGUUAUCUGGAGGUUUCUAAAGGGAACGGGGUUAUCUGGAGGGUUCUAAAGGGAACGGGGUUAUCUGGAGGGUUCUGAAGGGAACGGGGUUAUCUUGAGGGUUCUGAAGGGAACGGGGUUAUCUUGAGGGUUCUAAAGGGUUAUCUUGAGGUUUCUAAAGGGAACAGGGUUAUCUUGAGGGUUCUAAAGGGUUAUCUUGAGGGUUCUAAAGGGAACAGGAUUAUCUUGAGGGUUCUAAAGGGAAUGGGGUUAUCUUGAGGGUUCUAAAUGGAACGGGGUUAUCUUGAGGUUUCUAAAGGGAACAGGUUUAUCUUGAGGGUUCUGAAGGGAACGGGGUUAUCUUGAGGGUUCUUGAGGGUUCUAAAUGGAACUGGGUUAUCUUGAGGGUUCUAAAGGGUUAUCUUGAGUGUUCUGAAGGGAACCGGGUUAUCUUGAGGGUUCUAAAGGGAACAGGGUUAUCUUGAGGGUUCUAAAGGGUUAUCUAGAGUGUUCUGAAGGGAAUAGCCAGCUGUUGCUGGUCUGUUAUUGAGAACAGAUGGAACUUAACAUCUUUACCAUUCCUCAUGGGGAUAUUUGCUUGGCUUUUGCCCACAAUCAGUAAUACAGCUGGACAACAUUUAGCAUUUAGUAAUAAAAUCAUAUUGAGGUGUUGAUGAGAGCAAUACACCUGUCUCUCUCUCUGUGUAUCUCUCUCUGUAUCUCUCUGUAUCUCUCUCUCUGUCUCUUUCUGUAUCUCUCUCUCUCUGUCUCUCUCUCUCUCUCUCUCUCUCUGUAUCUGUCUCUCUCUCUCUCUCUGUAUCUCUCUCUCUCUCUGUCUCUCUGUAUCUCUCUCUCUCUGUAUCUGUCUCUCUCUGUAUCUCUCUCUGUAUCUCUCUGUCUCUCUCUGUAUCUCUCUCUCUCUCUCUGUAUCUCUCUCGCUCUCUCUGUAUCUCUCUCUCUCAGUCUCUCUCUCUGUCUCUCUCUCUGUCUCUCUCUCUCUCUGUCUCUCUCUCUCUCUGUAUCUCUCUCUCUCUCUCUCUCUGUCUCUCUCUGUCUCUGUAUCGCUCUCUCUGUAUCUCUCUCUGUAUCUCUCUCUCUCUGUCUCUCUCUCUCCCUCUCUCUCUCUCUCUGUAUCGCUCUCUCUCUCUGUUUCUCUCUCUCUCUCUCUCUCUCUGUCUCUCUCUGUCUCUGUAUCGCUCUCUCUCUCUGUAUCUCUCUCUGUAUCUCUCUGUCUCUGUAUCGCUCUCUCCCUCUCUCUCUCUCUGUAUCGCUCUCUCUCUCUCUGUUUCUCUCUCUCUCUCUCUCUGUCUCUCUCUCUCUCUGUAUCUCUCUCUCUCUGUGCCUCUAUGCAGUUAUACUCAGUGAUUCAGAUUUAAAAUGCUGAGUUGCAUUCAGUAGCCGUUUGGCCUCUCUGCUUUGAAGAGCAUUUGGCCUGUCAACUUCAGUCCACCGUCUGGAUCAAACACACUCUUUAUGUAAAGCUGAGAUGGACGCCAUUUUACUUCUCUCAUUCCUCCGUGUUUUAAACAUUCACAGAUGGUCUUUUUUUUAAAUAUAUAUAUAUAUACUGUACACUCUGUGUUUUAUAAUGAUGUGGUGAUAAUGUCUCUUAACUAACAGAUGGUCUUUAAACUGUUAUUGGUGUGUCUCAAAUGUUCUGGAUUAACUAAGGGAUAUCCGUGUGUGUGUGUGUGUGUGUGUGUGUGUGUGUGUGUGUGUGUGUGUGUGUGUGUGUGUGUGUGUGUGUGUGUGUGUGUGCGUGUGCGCGCGGGAGGGAGGGAGGUAUAGUAUGAUGUGCUUUUUAUUCUAUAUGAGGUUAUGGGAUAUGCCAUUACAGCCAGCUCCAAAACUAUUGCCAACCCUGAUAAAGAUUAGCAAAACUAGACUGUGUAAAAUCACAAAUCAAUUUCUCAAGAGAAAGAAAUUUAACAAGUAAUCAUUUUUUCCCCUCAAAAAGAUAAGGGUCAAUUGGUACCCCUGUUUUCAACACAUUGAAGGAUAACGACACUGAGCCAGAAAUAUUCUGUAUGGCUGAAUGGUCUAAGAUCCCUCCCAAUGUGUUCUCCAAUGUUCUCCAAUGUUCUCCAACGUCAUAAAACAUUUUAGGAAACGGCUCAGUGCCGUUAUUCUCGCAGGGUGAGGUAUUGAAGGUUAUGGAAAACGGGCGGCAACAAUUUGGACCGCUGUCUUUUUGAGAAAAUGUUAUGUUACUUGUUAAACAGAAUCUCUUUCCUUUCUCUGAGAAAUUCCAAUUGUAUU